CCCCUUGGCCCGCUCUCAGCCUCAGAUAAAGCAUUUCCUUCCAUUGUCAUCCUACCCGGCCGGCCGGGCUGCCAGGGCCCUCCCCCUCCCGGCCCCCUCCCUUCCUCUUGCCGUCUCUCAGUCGCUCUGCAGCCUCCGGCGACUGGGGGGAUGUGAGGCCAGCGCCCCGGCCCCCAGCCCCGCCAUGAGCCCCCCGCUCUGAGGGCCGCGGCCCCUGGAUGCACAGUCCCCGCGCUGAUGGGACCCAGGUGACCCCGGGUGCCCACUGCCCCAGUCCCCCAGGCACAGGCUGCCCCAGGCCCCUCGCAGACACGCCAGGCCCUCAGCCCCAGCCUAUGGACCUGCGGGUGGGCCAGCGGCCCCCGGUGGAGCCCCCACUGGAGCCCGCGCUGCUGGCCCUGCAGCACCCCCAGCACCUGCACCACCACCUCUUCCUGGCAGGCCUGCAGCAGCAUCGCUCGGUGGAGCCCAUGAGGCCCUGCCCACAGCUCUCCAUGGACACGCCGAUGCCCGAGCUGCCGAUGGGGCAGCAGGAGCAGGAGCUGCGGCAGCUUCUCAAUAAGGACAAGAGCAAGCGAAGCGCCGUGGCCAGCAGUGUAGUCAAGCAGAAGUUGGCAGAGGUGAUUCUGAAGAAACAGCAGGCAGCCUUAGAGAGGACAGUCCAUCCCAGUAGCCCCAGCAUUCCCUACAGGACUCUCGAGCCCUUGGAGACGGAAGGAGCUGCCCGCUCCAUGCUCAGCAGCUUCCUGCCUCCUGUUCCCAGCCUGCCCAGUGACCCCCCAGAACACCACCCUCUGCGUAAGACAGUCUCUGAGCCCAACCUGAAGCUGCGCUACAAGCCCAAGAAGUCCCUGGAGCGGAGGAAGAACCCGCUGCUCAGAAAGGAGAGCGCCCCUCCCAGCCUCCGGCGGCGGCCUGCCGAGACCCUCGGAGACUCCUCCCCCAGUAGUAGCAGCACACCUGCGUCAGGGUGCAGCUCUCCCAAUGACAGCGAGCACGGCCCCAACCCCAUCCUGGGCUCGGAGGCGCUCUUGGGCCAGCGGCUGCGGAGGCAGGAGACCUCUCUGGCCCCGUUCGCCUUGCCGACAGUGUCCUUGCUGCCCGCAAUCACACUGGGGCUGCCCGCCCCUGCCAGGGCUGAUGGUGACCGCAGGACCCAUCCAACUCUGGGCCCUCGGGGGCCAGUCCUAGGGAGCCCCCAUGCUCCCCUCUUCCUGCCCCCUGGCCUGGAGUCCGAGGCUGGGGGCACCAUGCCCUCUCGUCUGCAGCCCAUUCUCCUCCUGGAUCCCUCAGUCUCUCACACCCCCCUGCUGACUGUGCCCGGGUUUGGGCCCCUGCCCUUCCACUUUGCCCAGUCCUUACUGACCACCGAGCGGCUCUCUGGGUCAGGCCUCCACUGGCCGCUGAGCCGGACCCGCUCAGAGCCUUUGCCCCCAAGCGCCACCGCCCCCCCAUCACUGGGCCCCCUGCAGCCCCGCCUGGAGCGGCUCAACCCUCACGUCCAGCUGAUCAAGAGGUCAGCCAAGCCGAGUGAGAAGCCCCGGCUACGGCAGAUACCCUCGGCUGAGGACCUGGAGACGGAUGGUGGGGGAGUGGGGCCCCCGGGGGAUGACAGCCUGGCAUGCAGGGGGUCGAGCUCGGGGCAGCAUGAAGCCAGAGGCCCUGUUCUCCAGCAGCACCAGCAGGUGUUCCUCUGGGAGCAGCAGCGACUGGCCGGACGCCUGCCACGGGUAGGCACUGGGGACUCUGUGCUGCUCUCCCCGGCCCAGGGCGGUCACCGGCUCCUGUCUAGGACUCAGUCAUCCCCAGCUGCACCUGCCUCACUGCCAACGCCGGAGCCCCCCAACCAGGCCCGUGUCCUGCCCAGCUCAGAGGCCCCCGCCAGGACCCUGCCCUUCACCACAGGGCUGGUGUAUGACUCGGUCAUGCUGAAGCACCAGUGCUCCUGUGGGGACAACAGCAGGCACCCCGAGCACGCGGGCCGCAUCCAGAGCAUCUGGUCCCGGCUGCAGGAGCGGGGGCUCCGAGGCCAGUGUGAGUGUCUCCGAGGCCGGAAGGCCUCCCUGGAGGAGCUGCAGUCGGUGCACUCCGAGCGGCACGUGCACCUCUACGGCACCAACCCGCUCAGCCGCCUCAAACUGGACAACGGGAAGCUGGCAGGGCUCCUGGCACAGCGGAUAUUUGUGAUGCUGCCCUGUGGUGGGGUUGGGGUGGAUACUGACACCAUCUGGAACGAGCUGCACUCCUCCAAUGCAGCCCGCUGGGCCGCCGGCAGCGUAACCGAUCUGGCCUUCAAAGUGGCUUCCCGCGAGCUGAAGAAUGGUUUUGCUGUGGUUCGGCCCCCAGGACACCAUGCGGACCGUUCCACAGCCAUGGGCUUCUGCUUCUUCAACUCCGUGGCCAUCGCCUGCCGGCAGCUGCAACAACAGGGCAAGGCCGGCCGGAUCCUCAUUGUGGACUGGGAUGUUCAUCAUGGCAAUGGCACCCAGCACACCUUCUACGAGGACCCCAGUGUGCUCUACAUCUCCCUGCAUCGCCAUGACGAUGGCAACUUCUUCCCGGGCAGCGGGGCUGUGGAGGAGGUGGGAGCUGGCAGCGGUGAGGGCUUCAACGUUAACGUGGCCUGGGCCGGAGGUCUGGACCCCCCAAUGGGGGAUCCUGAGUACCUGGCUGCUUUCAGGAUCGUCGUGAUGCCCAUUGCCCGAGAGUUCUCUCCGGACCUGGUCUUGGUGUCGGCUGGGUUUGAUGCUGCCGAGGGUCACCCGGCCCCACUGGGUGGCUACCAUGUUUCCGCAAAAUGUUUUGGGUACAUGACGCAGCAGCUGAUGAGCUUGGCUGGAGGUGCAGUGGUGCUGGCCUUGGAGGGCGGCCAUGACCUCACAGCCAUCUGUGACGCCUCCGAGGCCUGUGUGGCUGCUCUUCUGGGCAAUAAGGUCGAUCCCCUCGCAGAUAAAGGCUGGAAACAGAAACCCAACCUCAACGCCAUCCGUUCUCUGGAAGCUGUGAUCCGGGUGCACAGUAAAUACUGGGGCUGCAUGCAGCGCCUGGCCGCCUGUCCAGAAUCCUGGGUGCCCAGGGUGCCAGGAGCCGACACAGAAGAAGUGGAGGCAGUGACUGCACUGGCAUCCCUCUCCGUUGGCAUCCUGGCUGAAGAGAGGCCCUCAGAGCAGCUGGUGGAGGAGGAAGAACCUAUGAAUCUCUAAGGCUUUGGAAUGGUUCUGCUGGCCCAUCCUGCCCUUCGGACCUGGUUCUCUUCUGACCUCUGGCAAUAGUACCUGCUCCUGGGGUUUUCAGAGGUCCUCUGGGCAGGUAGCUGUGGCCAGAGAACACUCCAAGGAGACUGACAAGGCCCCUGGGUCUAGGAUAGGGACCAAAGAGGACCCUGAGGAGGCAGGCAGGGCAGCCGGCCAACCCCAUGUAGGGCUCUCCUAAAAACAGUCUGCCCGUGUGGGGUCCAGGCCCUGCUGGGCCCCCAUUCCUCAGGACUGCAUGGAGGACUGGCUCAGUCAGGCCCACCCAUAACCACUAUUCUUGGCGCUGUAGACCCUGGACUUUGCACACAGCCCCAGGCUCCUCACAGAAAUGUGAACUUGGCCUCAGCCAGGGUAGCCCUUCCUAGGCUCUGAGGGCUGGGGUGGGGGGGGGAGGGAGACAGAUAGGAGCCAAGGGGUCCCAUAUCCCCGAGUGCAGGGGGAGUCCCGCCUCUUUCCUGUUUACUCACAUGACUGUGGAAGCCACCCCAACCCCCCACACCGCCAUCGGGCAGUGAGACAAAGCUCCCUCAAGAGCAGUCAUCGGUAGGCCCCCCUCUGGUGCUGACCAUCUCAGUGCCCUGGUGGAGGAGAUGGGUGCUCUCGGAGUUCCGUGCUUCCUGAUCCGAUGGUGCCAAACCCUCAUCUCCCCUCAGAAGCACAGUGUGACCCCCAGGGAUCCCCCGGUCACUGCCCCCUCCAGGAGUGUUCUCUUUCUGGGGUCUCUCCCACCCCAGCUGACUCCUGCCCCACAUAGGACUAGCUUGGCUGAGGGGGAAGGGGGUGGGAGAGUAGAUGCAAGACAUGGGGGAGGGGAGGCAGACUGGUAAAGUCAAGGCUUCUAAGGCCAAGAAGGACCGUAUGUGUGCGCGCAUGUGUGCGAGUGUGUGUGUGUGCGAGUGUGUGUGUGCGUACAUGUCUUCCCUAGGACUAGCAUACCCUGUGUAUGUAUGCAUGUUUUUGUAAAAAAGAGGAAAAAAAAUGGAAAAAAAUCUGAACAAUAAAUGUUUUAUUUGCUUUAAA